AUGCAGUCCUGGCUAGACAUCCCCGCCGACUCGCACUUCUCCCUCGCCAACGUCCCGUUCGGCAUCAUCUCGCACGCGGGCAGCGGCGGUGCGAGGGUCGGAGCGACACGUCUCGGUGACUGGGCAGUCGACUUGAGCGUACCCGAGGCAGCAGGACUCCUGGCGGAGGCGUUUGAGCAGAAGGAGACGUCGUUCUUUGCAAAGCCGACUCUCAAUGACUUCGCUGGACUCCCUGCCAGGAUCCGCCAGAACGUACGCCUCGCCAUCCAGUCGCUUUUCCGCUCGAACUCGUCGCUCCCCGACGACUUGCAUUCGCGCGCCGUCCUUACGCUCGACUCGGUCGAGACGCACCUUCCCUUCAGCAUUCCCGACUUUGUCGACUACUCCAUCUUCCCUGCGCACGCGCUGGGCGCCGGCAGGGCAAUUUUCGGCCCCCAGAACCAGAUGCCGCCUGCUUGGAACGCCCUGCCGAUGGCUUACAACGGCCGCGCCGGCACGGUCAGCGUCAAGAACGAGAUUGUGCGCCCGCAAGGACAGACGAGGGCGUUCUCUGCCGCGCGCGAAGUCUCUGUCGGAUCUUGCCAAGCUCUCGACUGGGAGUUCGAAGUCGGCGCCUUCGUCGCCGAGCCAACUCAGGACGGCACCGUCUUAACGCCCUCGACCGCCACCUCUCACCUGUUCGGCUUCGUCCUGCUCAACGACUGGAGCGCCCGCGAUGUGCAAGCGUUCGAGAUGGUCCCUCUCGGGCCUUUCAAUGGCAAGUCGUUCGCAACGACUAUCUCACCUUGGGUCGUCGUGCCCGAGGCGCUUGAGCCGUUCGCGACCGUCAAGCCGCCGAGGCUCGAAGGAACGGCUUUCGAGGAGCCCGAGUACUUGCGCGAGAAGGAGGGUGCGAAGACGAACUACGACAUCGAGUGCACUACCACGCUCCACCUCGCCUCGAACCCCUCGACCGCCGAGCCCGUCGCCAAAGCCAACUUCGCCCAAGCCUUCUGGUCCUUCCCCCAACUCCUGACCUACCAAACCUACUCCGGCGCGCGCCUCCAAACAGGCGACCUGCUCGGGUCGGGCACGAUCUCCAACAUGGGCGAUCGCUCUCAAGGCUGCAUGCUCGAGCUCUCACAGGGCGGGAAGGUGCCGCUCAAGAUUGGAGGAGAGGAGAGGAGGUGGAUUGAGGAUGGCGAUGAGGUGGUGUUCAGUGCGGUUGCGGGCGAGGAGGGUGGGAAGGUUGGGUUUGGCGAAUUGCGUGGGAAGGUGUUGCCGACUUCGACGCUGAGGAUGGCGUAA